AACUAAAGUAAAACGUACGAAAAGAAAAGCUAACUGAAAAUUCUCUCCUUCUCUUCGGUACAAACUCACCCAAAUGUAGCAAAUCAAAACCCUAAUCAACACAGUGAUUACAGGAAAAUUCAAUUAAAUUGUACUGAUAUUGAGAGAUGAUAAGCAAAGAAAAGGCACCUGAACCACUUGAUUUCUUCAUUUGGACAGUUGAGGAUGUUGGUUUAUGGUUAGAAGAAAUAAAUCUUGGCAGCUAUCGUCAAAUUUUUAAAGAAAAUGGUGUUAAUGGAGAGUAUUUGGAGGGGAUGUCCAUGUUCACGACUGAACAGAUUCUCCGGUUUAUAAGAAGGUGCCACAUGAAAUGGGGAGACUUCAUAACGUUGUGUAAGGAGCUGAGGCGGAUAAAAGUGGCUUGCUUAAAGGGGGAGCAAAGAGUCCGGCAACCGUGGUGGGCCCCAUCUUGUUUCUCUGUAGUCUUUACGAAGACGGCCAAGCGUAACAGGCAGUGUAGAGUGGUUUCACUGAAGCUGGAGCCUUAACACUGAUGUGCCUUCUGUGUGUAUGAUAAGUUAAUGAAUAUUCCCAAGAGGAGAGUAGUGGAAAAUGGUUGUUCCUCUGUUUAUUUCCCUAAUAUUUUUUUUGCUAUUUUAUUGAUUUGAAGAACUACCUCUUCUGCCCAAGCAUUUUGUAUACGUAACUUUGUAGUUUACUUUUGCCCUUUGUUUGUAGUUGUGAUGUUUAUAGUUUCAACUGAAGAAAAGAGAUGAUGCUUAUGUAAAUUAAUUUCAGUGUGUUUAAUAGUUCCAACUUCCAUUCUAAGUUUAA